CCGCCGCCCCCGCCGCGGGACUCGCCGCCGCCGGUGCCGUUCGGGACGCCCGAUGCCGCCGUGCAGGCGCUGUACAGCCCUACGCGGCCCGUCAGCAGGGACAAGUACYUGGAGCGCGGCUUCAGCCUGGGCUCGCCCGUCUCGGCAGAGUCCUUCCCCGCGCCGGCCGUGCCCAGCACCAUGGACCCGAUCCUCUUCGCCCCGGCUGACCUCAAGCUCUGGGCCGCUGCUGGCCACGCCGAGCCUCCCGCCGCCCACCCCGGCCCCGGCGGAGCCCCCGCGCCGCCCGCCCCGGCCGCGCCGCCCGCCUCGGGUCGCCCGCUGCCCGCCAAGCGCCCGCCGGGCGCAUCCGAACCCGGGAGGCAGAAAGCCCCGUCGAGUAAGAAGACGAAGGCGAUCCGCAAGCUGACCUUCGAGGACGAGGUGACCACGUCCCCCGUGUUAGGGCUGCGCAUCAAGGAGGGCCCGGUGGAGGCGCCGGCCAAGGCACGGGGCGGCUGCGCCCGUCCUCUGGGCGAGUUCAUCUGYCAGCUCUGCAAGGAGGAGUACGGGGACCCCUUCGCGCUGGCGCAGCACCGCUGCUCCCGCAUCGUCCGGGUGGAGUACCGCUGCCCCGAGUGCGACAAGGUGUUCUCCUGCCCCGCCAACCUUGCCUCCCACCGCCGCUGGCACAAACCGCGCCCGCCCGCCACCAAGAGCGGCCCCGAGGCGGGCCGGGCACCGGCCGCGGCCCCGGCUCCGGCGGAGGAGACGCCGAAGGAGGCGAGCGGCGGGAGUGGCAGCGAGCGGGACACACCGAGCCCCGGCGGAGCCUCGGAGGCGGGCUCCGAGGAGGGGCUCUUCGAGUGUCCGCGCUGUGCCAAGCGGUUCCGCCGGCAAGCCUACCUGCGCAAGCACCUGCUGGGGCACGCCACACCGGCACCCACGCCAGCCCCGGCACCCGCACCGGCCCCGGARCCCAGCGCCGAGGAGCUGCCCGCCGCCGAGUGCCGCCUCUGCCCCGUCUGCGGGGAGACCUUCCCCAGCAAGAGCAGCCAGGAGAGGCACCUGCGCCUCCUGCACGCCGCCCAGGUCUUCCCCUGCAAGUACUGCCCGGCCACCUUCUAUAGCUCUCCCGGCCUCACCCGGCACAUCAACAAGUGCCACCCCUCGGAGAACCGGCAGGUCAUCCUGCUCCAGGUGCCGCUGCGCCCCGCCUGCUGAGCCGCCCGUGCCUUCCCCGCCGCCCCGCGCCGCUCCCCCGGGGCUGCCACACGAUUAGCUUUAAUACGGCUUGUGACCUGCUGGAAUCUGGCUUUACACUUACC